UACCUCUGCACCACAAGCCUCAACAGAGCCAAGCCUCCUUCUUCUUCUUCAUCUUCCCCUGUUUCCUCUGUUCCUUCCAUAGCUCCAUUUCCAAUCUCUUCCCCCCCCCCUCCCCUUCAAAGCUAGUAACCAUGCUGCUCAGAGCUGCCCCAGCCUUCUCUCUCUUGUCUUUACAUGGCGGUGAUGCCCUGCCGGUCGCCUCGUCCUUUCCCUCUUCCUCUUCUUACUCGAACUCUUCGGUCCUCCGGUUUCAGCCCGCGAAGCACAGGGUCGGUCCUGUGGCCUGCGUGACGAAGGCUGCGAACAACAGCGUCCUGUCGGGGGUGAUCUUUGAGCCGUUUGAGGAGUUGAAGAGGGAGCUUGACCUCGUGCCCACCGUCCCGCAGGUCUCUCUCGCUCGGCAGAGGUACUCGGACGAGUGCGAGGCCGCCAUUAAUGGGCAGAUCAAUGUGGAGUACAAUGUCUCAUAUGUGUACCAUGCCAUGUACGCCUACUUCGAUCGGGAUAAUGUCGCCCUCAAGGGUCUUGCUAAAUUUUUCAAGGAGUCGAGCGAUGAAGAGAGAGAGCAUGCUGAGAAACUGAUGGAGUAUCAGAACAAAAGGGGUGGGAGAGUGAAGCUCCAGUCCAUCGUGAUGCCUCAUUCGGAGUUUGAUCAUGCAGAUAAGGGGGAUGCUUUACAUGCAAUGGAGCUUGCGCUGUCUCUCGAGAAGCUGACGAAUGAAAAACUGCUGGGCUUACACAGAGUGGCUGAUAGGAACCACGAUCCGCAAAUGAUGGAUUUCAUCGAGAGUGAAUACUUGGCUGAGCAAGUGGAGGCGAUCAAGAAGAUCUCGGAAUAUGUUGCUCAACUUAGGAGAGUUGGCAAAGGACAUGGAGUCUGGCACUUUGAUCAGAUGCUCCUCCAUGGAGAAGAGGUCGCUGCUUAAGCUUCCCGUGGAAUAUGCUCUUCGGUCCUCCGUUACUUAGUAGCCUGUUCCAUCGUUUUAGGAUGCCGAGUUGAUAUGAUAUCGUCUCUCUGAAGAAAGUUUUCUGUUUUUGUAGUGAAAGAAAUAUUUGCAAUCAUUUAAACUUUUGCUAUAACAAUAACGUGGAUGUUGGACAAUCGGGCUUUUAUGUGUCGAUGGAGGACAAAUUCGAACG